AUGUCGGUAAAGCGAGUUCUAGUCAUCGCCGGGUCCGACAGCUCGGGUGGCGCCGGUCUAGAAGCAGAUCAGAGGGUUCUAGCCGCACAUGGCGUUUAUGCCCUGACUGCGACUACGGGCCUCACGGCACAGAACACCCUCGGGGUGCAGGACAUCUUCGUGGUCCCGGCUGAAUUUGUCAAAAAGCAAAUCAACGCCGGUCUGGAAGAUGUCGGAGCGGACGUGGUCAAGUUUGGAAUGCUUUCGUCCGCCGAGACGAUUGACGUCGUCGCUGAGGCACUCGUGUCCCACCGAGUCCCUUCGGUGGUGUUGGAUCCCGUUAUGGUAUCUACGAGCGGCUCACAGCUGCUACCCGAAGCUGCCGUGCAAGGCCUUCGGACGAAGCUAUUGCCCCUAACGACAAUUCUCACGCCGAACAUCCCCGAAGCACAGCUUCUGCUCAAGGAUGCCGGACUGGAUGUGCCCGAGCCGAAAGACAUUACGGAGCUCAUCGAUCUAGCCAAGAAAAUCUGCACCUUGGGUCCCAAGGCCGUUCUUCUCAAAGGAGGACAUCUGCCGCUUACCAAGACACAUCAGACCGCUAGCAACCCGCAAGACGCGACGACAGUCAUCGAUGUGCUUUUUGACGGCGAGAAUGCCACCUUGUUUGAAACCGAUUUCUUGGUCUCGAAGAACACUCACGGGACUGGCUGUUCCCUUGCCUCUGCCAUCGCGGCCAACCUGGCCUUGGGGAAGGAUUUGCAACGCGCUGUGCAGGCGGCCGUGAGAUUCGUUGAGGUUGGUAUCAAGACUAGCUUUGAUCUUGGAAAGGGGAGUGGUCCAAUCAAUCAUUUCCAUUCUGUGUAUACGAUGCCGUUUGCCCCGGGACGUUUUGUGGAGUAUGUCCUGGAUCAUCCCGAUGUUCGACCGGUGUGGAAGAAGUUCACGGAGCAUGAUUUCGUUUUGGGCAUGGGUUCAGGAAAACUUCCCGUGGACCGAUUCAAGGAGUACCUGGUGCAGGAUUAUCUCUAUCUCGUUCAUUUCGCCCGGAGCAACGCACUCGCCGCGUAUAAGGGGAAGAACAUGGAGUCGAUUGCCGCAUCCGCUCAAAUUGUCCUGCACAUCCAACGUGAAACGGCGCUGCACUUGGACUACUGUGCCUCUUUCGGCCUAUCCAAAGAGCAGAUGGAAAAACACCCGGAAACCAUUGCAUGCACCGCCUACAGUCGGUAUAUCCUCGACGUCGGUCAAUCGGAGGAUUGGCUCGCACUUCAAAUGGCCCUGGCGCCUUGUUUGAUCGGAUACGGCGCCAUUGCCCAAAGAUUGCACAGCGAGAAAGACACGGUCCGGGAAGGCAACCGGUACUGGAAAUGGAUUGAGAACUACGUCGCGGACGACUACACGGAAGCCGUUCGCCUAGGAUCGGAAUUACUAGAAAGACACAUGCGCGAGGUGUCUCCGAGUCGAGUGGAGGAGUUGAUUAAGAUCUUUAUUCGGGCGACGGAAUUGGAGAUCAGUUUCUGGGACAUGGGACUGAGCGAGACGAAGGUGUGA